UUUGUUUACAAUUGAAGACAUCCUCUGUCGCAGUGUGACCUAACUGUUAACUCAUAUUUUGUCCUUCGAAUUUAAGUAUGGUGAGAUGCUCCUGUGUUACAUGGUGCAGCACCUCGUCACAUGAUCGCAACGCGAAAAAAGUCAACAACGAACUUCAUUUUUACAGCUUUCCUGCUUGGCAGCAAGAAAGAGGGAGGCCCAGUAGUUUCGGAGCUCAUAAAGAGACGUCGAAUGGCUUUGAUGUCAGCUGUAAGAUGAAAAAAAAAUCAAACCGACAAUAUCACGACAACAAUGAGAGUGUGCUCCUUACAUUUUCACUACGCGAGCAGAGCAUCUGCCAGGCUCGGGCCUCAGUAAUGGUCUACGAUGACGCCAGUAAGAAGUGGGUGCCCAUCAAGCCGGGCCAACAGGGCUUCAGCCGCAUCAACAUCUACCAUAACACUGCCAACAACACCUUUAGGGUGGUGGGCGUCAAGCUGCAGGACCAGCAGGUGGUGAUCAACUACUCGAUCGUGAAGGGCCUGAAGUACAAUCAGGCCACACCCACUUUCCAUCAAUGGCGUGACGCUCGCCAGGUCUACGGGCUCAAUUUUGCCAGCAAGGAGGAAGCCACCACCUUCUCCAACGCCAUGCUGUUCGCCCUCAACAUACUCAGCUCGCCUGACAGCGGAGGUCCAGUCGUCCAGCGUCAAAAUGGACCCUCUUCAGAGGAGAGCGAGGCCCAGCGGAGGAUGAUGGAGCAGCAUCAGAUGCAGGCGCACAAGGAGAGGGAGCGGCGGACGUCGGGAUCAGUCGUUUCCACUCUACAAUACAAAGUGUGCGCACCCCCCGCCCACCCCGACACUCCGCCCGAGUACAGACAGUUCAGAGCUAGCACACUGCCCCCGUCCUACGUCCGUGUGGCCUCCUCCUCCCCGCCCUCCUCCUCUCCCUCCCAAGAGAAAGAGGCAGGGAUGGCGAGGGACAAGGCCCAGCUUUCCUCCCAGCUCUCCACCUCGCUGGCCUCUGCCUUCUCGCCAGUCCAGGCGGGAGUGACCACGAUGGGCCGCCAGGUCCGUCAGAUCCCCCUGUCUCCUCCCACCGUGGCGCGCCACGCUCACCAGCACCACCAAGACAUCACGCUGCCCCCCAAACACGGCACCUGGUCCGCCUCUCAUUUGCAGCAAAUAUACGCCCAGUGCCCGCCCUCAGCCUCCCCUCCUGUCAUGAUGGCCGUGCCCGCCAGGCAGGGGUUACCGCCACCGCUGCCCACCCUCCCCGCGGCGCACCCCCUCCCAGGCGUGAGGACGAAGCCCCCGCCGCUCGACCCGAGCGCCCACUACCCCCAGCACCAGCCCAACCCUCACUCCAACGGCCAAUCGGACGACUCCUACACCCCCCACUCCCACCGGCUGCCGCUUACCCCGCAGUACUGCGAGGCCGUAACACUGCCGCCCCUCGUAGGCCAGCCGCCCGCAGGUCCCGUCCCCAAUCACCAGUACCCGUCCACCUUCCACCCUCAGCAGCAGGCGCACCACCAGCAGGGCCAGCCCCUCAGCAACACCUCCACGCCCCCCUCUUACAAUGAUGGGGGCUCGCCCAAGGACACCCCCUCCUCUGUCCCCCAGCAGGUCCCCAUGACCAACAGCAGUAAGUAUGAAGAGGAAAGAGGAGGAAGUUGUGUAUUUUUAGGGAUGUUUAGCGUGGCGUUCAAAAACAACAAUAUGGUAGAUGCAAAUUUGCUCCCACACGCAGGUGUCUCGGCAUGGGGACCAAGUUUGAGACCGGUCCCAACCGCAGGCAGCUCAUGCCCGUCAUGUCAACAGUUGAACGCACCUGUGUCGCCUAGUCCUCCAGCCUCACAAAAAGUAGACAUUAGCCCUCCUGUGUGACACCCGUGGCAGGCCGUUCAUUUGCUACCUCGGCCUUCGGUGGAGACUUAACCGACUAAAUCCACCUCAUAAUAUCACCACUAUCACGUCGCAAUGAAAUUAACCGUCAAAAUACAAAAAUGGAGUGUAACAGCACACAACUGUGCCACAUACGUCAUAUGGAGCAAUUCAGAAUCAAUAUUUGUUUAAUAACAUGACAAAAACAAUUUACCGUAAUUUGUACAGUUGUGUUCAUAAGUUUACAUGCCCUGGCAGAAUUUGUGAAAUAUUGUUUUUUUAAAUAUGACCCACUGAACAACAACCAUCAUUAAUUUCUUUAUGGUUAUGUUUUGUUUAAUGAUAAUGAUUUUCUGAAAUGCUUGUCCGUUUAAUUUGAAUCCCAUUAAAAUAAAAUUAAAUGUGUUUCGCCUAGCCCUUGGUGUUUUCUUUCAAGAAUUGCACCCAUCUUACAAAUUCUGCCUAAAACAUAUGAGCACAACUGUGUGUUUUCUAAUUUACUCAAUAAAAGUAGGGCUAUUAAUUUCAAAAUAAGAACAAGCAAAUUAAAAAAAGGAUUACACGCUCAAAUAAAGUGCUAAACUUCAGAAUAAUUAUUUGAAAAAAAAUAAAAUAAAUACAGAUACUUCAUGUUUUGAUCAUAUGGGUAGAAAGCAAAAUCAUGCAUUGUAAAAAUGCAUUAUACAUAGGUAGAAGGGUGUUCCAUAAUUUUGAGGUCAGCUUUGGGGGUGCAUAUUAUACAUGGGUGCGCAUUAUACACGAGAAAUUAUGGUACAUAAAUCACAUCAUAUUUACCAGAGAUGCUGAUUAUUAAAUGUGUGCAGGUCGCUACAGAAACCGUUUUGCUCGUCGAACUUAAUUGUAACAUGUUUCGCUCUGACCAAGCAAUCAGAGGACAGAAAAAUGUUGACAUUAUUGUGGGCCAGCGAGCUGGGCCUUUGAGGUGAAUCUGAAAUGUGAUUGGUUAGUGAAACAGUACCGUUGCUAAUAUAGUUUAAGGACGAUUUAUUCUGAAGGCCCUAGGCAGAUUAGAUUGACAUGACAACACAUGGUGGCAGAAACCUGAUUGGACAAAAUACUGUAUCUAACGCUCACGUUCGUGUCCUGGGAGCAGCCAAGUGAAAUGCUAUGAAAUGAAGAGAAUGGAUUGUUGGGAUUAAGUUAAUAAAAUUUCAUGCAUUAACACAUAUUAGAUUUUAGGUUGUUAAUGCAUGUCAGUGCUUCUGUGUUCAAGCAGAGAAGGCCCUGUUGGGCCUGAGGGAUCACCACCUUGUGAGGAAAACAAUAAACAGUACAAAAAAGUAAGGAAAUGUGUGUUUGGUAGAUAAUUUUUUUGUAACAGUGCUUCAUGGCAAUAACUCUUAUACCAUUGGAAAACCUGUAAGAACCAUACAGAGCCACUCUGGCACCUGCACCUCAUACUAGUCACCAUCCUGGUCACACACUGCUGUGGGAUGGAAUCCCAUUCUUCAACCGGUAUUUGUUGUAAGAGCACGCCCAAGCUGAUCCCGCAAGUGUUUAAUGGUUCUGAGGUCAGGACAUUCCAUCCUCUAAUCAGCAUGGCGUUCGCCGCGUCUUUUUCACACUUUGACAAUACGAUCCACCUGACGUCAGCAGAAUCUGGACUCAUCACCGAGCAUAACGUUCCUCCACAUGCUUCAUCAGCUUCCAGUGCACGUGUUGCCGACCCCAGCAGAAGCUCCAAACAAGAGUCAAUGGCAACAGCAAAAUAAGAUUUGUUUGGCAUUGGCACAGAAUAUUUGGUAAUAUUGUUUUGUGGGCACAACCCACAUACGGAGCUCUUACUAUUUAUCCCACAAAUACAUGUUCCUUACAAAUGUUACACCUUUUAAAAUUGGAAUAAAUGGGCUUUCCAAAGGUAUAAGAGUUAUUCCCAAGAAGCAUUGUUACAACAAAGAAAUAAUCUACCAAACCCGCAUUUUCCACGUUUAUAUCAUCAACAUGAAUACCAACAGUUAAGUGCUCAUUUAGUCAAUUCAACUUUUUCUGUAAACAGCAAAGUUGUUGCCAAGCAUAUGUGCUUCAAAAUAGAAACCUACACACACAAAAAUUGUUAAAAAAAAAAACAAAUCAUAAUAACAAAAGAACACGUAAGGUUGCCCUGCGAUUGGCUGGCAACCGGUUCAGGGUGGACCCCGCCUCCUGUCUGAAGUUAGCUGGGAUAGGCUCCAGCACUCCUGCGACCCUUGUGAGGAUAAGUGGCUCAGAAAAUGGAUGGAUGGAAGGUUGCAUGAUGUAACAUAAAACAUCAAAAUCAAUAAGAUACAAAAUAAGUCAAAAAACAAAAUGAGAAAGGCUACAAAUGACCUUAAAAUGCAUACAAAUAUAUACAUUUAGGCCUGUGUUUAUGAUGUUUUCACACUGUGCUUUUUAUUAUUGUGACAUGACUGUAAUGUUGUUCACUAAUGAGAUUCAAUACUGCGGCUGUAUCAACUUUCUAGUAUCAAUAUAACAAUCAGCUUUAUAUUGUGUUUGUACAGUUGUUUGUACUGCACCGCAGCAUGCUGAGAGCUGCUUCUAUUUUGUCCCUCCAGUAGACAGAUGUAUCUCAACGACUAUAUCGUAAAAACAGUUUCGUUUUCACGUUAGGUCAAUUCAAAAAGCGAAACUCAUGUUAUACAGAUUCACUAAACGCAUCGUCCAAUUCCUACCUAAUUUCUAUAUUAAAAAUCAUUUUCGAUUCUUUCUUAAUAUUCUAAUUUCUCUUUGGGGUUUUUGUUAAAAGAAAUAAAAUCAUGAAAUAUUUCAGUGUGUAGUGAAUCUACAUAAUAUAUGAGUCCUUUUUUGAGUCGAACUACUGAGAUAGUUUCCCACGAUAUUCAAAUUUAUUGAGACGCACCUAUAGCUACAGUACUGUUACCGCCUCUUCCCAAAUAUAGGCCUCCGCUUUUUCUUUCAAAACAAAAAAAAAUGUCUCCCUUCAUAGACUCUAUUGUGCACAUCUAGGCAUUAAAGAGUUCACUGCAGGUCAUUUGAACUCAUUUGCAUACAAAAACAGCCACACCAAUUGAGGGGUGGCUUUCUUUCUCUCCAGUAUUAAAGAUCUUACGCUAUGUGGAUAUGACGAUUUUAAAAAUUGUGUUCCAGUCGCCUCUAUGCUCGUUGCGCAGUGUUCUCUCCAUUAUAUAUGUAUAUAUAUAUGUGAGAACAUAGAGCAUUAUUAUCAUGAUAUUAUUAUUGUAGAAGCAGAAUCUUUGAUACAGCUCUGAUAUUGAACCUCAUUGAACUGUGCAGUUGUCCCUUCCUGUUGCCAGGAAGUAUUCAUCAACGGCUCUUACCUUCAAGCCUGCUUUUAAAUUUGAUUUUAAUUAAAAUCCUUCUAAUUAAUAUAUAUGUAAGAGUUGUUAAUCAAUUUAUUUUUAAAAUCAGAUUAAUCACACUUUUGAAUUUUAAUUAACCAUAAUUAAUCACAGGCCCCAAAUAUACCAUCCUAACCACAUUUUGCUUUGAGAUGGUAUUUUAAGCUUCGAUGACAAGAGAGUUCAGCACUGCACUAUAUGCAAAUUACCUUUGUUUUGUCAAAAGUCCCAUCGGGUUGACUUUUGAAGCACAAUUUGCCGCUGCGCACACGAGUCUGAGUCUCCUCACUCACCUUUGCACUGGCGUAAGCGUUGACCCGAUCACUGACCUCAUAGCAACCUGCGCUGCCUUUCAGAUAUCCAUCCACGCUUGAGGUAAAUGAGCGUGUGUGGUCAAAAAAACAUUGUGAUUAAACUGCAUUCAUACGUGAUUAAUGCGAUAAUUUUCUGUGAUAAAUCAUAUGCAUUAAUGCAUUCAUUUUGACAGCUCUAUGUAUGUAUGUAUGUAUGUGUACAGUGCCGUAAAAAGGUAUUGCCCCUUUUAAGGUCAUCAAACAAAUGUAAAUAUAAGACAAAUAUAACCCAAGUGAACUUAAAAUGCUGUUUUUAUAUGGUGUUUUCAUUUAUUACAGAA